CAGGAUAAUGUAAAAUAAAAAAACUGAUGAAAAAAUAUCCGAAUUACAGCUUUAAUCAACCCAGUGUCGCUCAGCGGAAGAUAUGUGAAAGUGACUACAUUUCCCAUGAUGCACCAGCGUGGAACGUCGUGUCGCCAGCGAGCUGUCAGUGUAGGGAGAGCAGAGGGAGAGAAAUCGGUCCAGCAUCUCUGGAGCAGUGGAGCGGAGCGGAUGACAGGGACACACCGUGUUCAUCAGCCAAAAUGAGGAGGAUUUAACCGAAUGAGUGCCACCGAAACUGGAUAUUCUAAAGACUGAACCUCCUCGUCUGCCGUAGAUCAGCGCAGGAGAUCUGACUUUAUUCCAUCAAUGAGAUAAUGUGGAGUGUCUGUACCGCCCGGUGGUAACGCAGAAAAACACAAGAUGAAGAAGCAGUUCAACCGAAUGAGACAGCUCGCCAACCAAACAGUGGGCAGAGCUGAAAAAACAGAAGUAUUAAGUGAAGACCUGCUCCAGGUGGAGAAGCGUCUGGAGCUGGUCAAGCAGGUUUCUCACAGCACACACAAGAAGCUGACCGCCUGUCUGCAGGGCCAGCAGGGUGUGGACGUGGAGAAGAAGUCCGUCAGAUCACCAUCGAAGAAGCUUCCUCUGACGACGCUCGCACAAUGUAUGGUGGAGGGGGCUGCAGUGCUGGGGGACGAGUCUCUGCUAGGGAAAAUGUUAAAGCUCUGUGGAGAGACGCAGGAGCGACUCGCUCAGGAGCUCAUCCUGUUCGAGCUCACCAUCGACAGAGACGUGGUGGAGCCUCUGUACGACCUCGCAGAGGUGGAGAUCCCAAACAUCCAGAAACAAAGGAAACAUUUAGCCAAGCUCGUCCUGGACAUGGACUCGGCACGCACACGGUAUUAUCAGUCCACAAAGUCUUCAGGGCUUUCCAGCAACCUUCAGCCGACGGGAGCCAAGGCCGACCACCUCAGGGAAGAGAUGGAGGAGGCAGCCAACCGCAUGGAGAUCUGUCGAGAUCAGCUAUCAGCAGACAUGUACAGUUUUGUGGCCAAAGAAAUCGACUAUGCAAGCUACUUCCAGACACUGAUAGAAGUGCAGGCUGAGUACCACAGGAAGUCAUUAGAGCUGCUUCAAAGUGUGUUACCACAGAUCAAAGCUCAUCAGGAGACCUGGGCAGAGAAACCAUGCUAUGGGAAACCAUUAGAGGAGCACUUAGCGCUCAGCGGGAGAGAUAUUGCCUUUCCCAUCGAGGCCUGUGUCACCAUGCUGCUGGAGUGUGGCAUGCAGGAGGAGGGUUUAUUCAGAGUCGCUCCCUCAGCCUCCAAACUAAAGAAGCUGAAGGCGUCUCUGGACUGCGGGGUGCUGGACGUUCAGGAGUACUCUGCUGACCCACACGCCAUCGCAGGUGCUUUGAAGUCGUACUUGCGGGAGCUUCCUGAACCGUUAAUGACAUACGAGCUCUACAACGACUGGAUCCAGGCCUCCAACAUUCAAGAUCAAGACAAGAGACUUCAGGCUCUCCUCAACGCCUGUGAGAAACUUCCACCGGCCAACAACAACAACUUCAAAUAUUUGAUCAAAUUCCUCUCCAAACUGACUGAAUACCAGGACCUCAACAAGAUGACACCUGGGAACAUCGCUAUCGUCCUCGGACCGAACCUGCUGUGGAUGAACAAUGAAGGAAACAUCACAGAGAUGAUGACAACAGUUUCCCUGCAGAUUGUCGGGAUAAUCGAGCCCAUCAUCCAGCACGCCGACUGGUUCUUCCCUGGAGAAAUCGAGUUCAAUGUCACUGGAAACUAUGGAAGCCCUGUCCACACAAACCACAACGCCAACUACAGCUCGAUGCCAUCGCCGGACAUGGAUCAGGUCGAUAGAAGGCAGAACGACCAGAGUCGACGGCCGCUCAGCGUCGCCACGGACAACAUGAUGCUGGAGUUUUACAAGAAGGAUGGCAUUAGGAAGAUCCAAAGCAUGGGGGUCAGGGUGAUGGACACUACAUGGGUGUCUCGCAGGGGCUCGUCUUCUUCGCGCAAAAAUUCAGCCACGCCACCAAAUGUGCAUCCCCCCACCCCGCCCUGUGACGCUCUCAUUCCAGAGCAACCCGGGGAAUACGCUGCCUCCCCAUCCCAAACCCCUCCGCCCAAUAGCAGCGACCGAGCCAGUACUCUGAAGAACAAGGAGCUAUCUCCAGUGAUCGGGCAGAAGGGAAUCCAGGGAACGAUGACCUCUAGUGGACAGUCGCAGCACUCUGAGCAGAGUCCACAUACUCUGAGAAGAGGAAAGAAACUGGCCCCAAUCCCACCAAAAGGUCCUUACAGCCAGACAGGAGCCAUGUCUGACCAAUCAACGGGACAGCCGUCUCCUGUCAGCCUGUCACCCACUCCUCCCAGCACCCCCUCUCCAUACGGCUUCAGCUACCCACAGGGAUACGCCACCAUCGGCUCCCCGGGACAGUCCCAGAUGGCCACCACCCCGUCUCUGUCCUCCCCACCCUCGCUGGCUGGGACUCUCACUAAAGCAAGACCGACCCCUAAACCGCCCCGGCAGAGGCCCAGUUUGCCUCCACCUCAGCCCCCCUCUACGCCAGGCACUAGUCCCCAACCUCUGGAUCAUUCAACAGGUCUCCUGGAUGGUUUGUCUCCUGGGGAGAGCAUGUCUACAGAUGCUCUCUGCAACCUGGACAUCCCCGUCAUUGACGUGGAUCUGGACGGUAUUUUUGACUUGCCCCACAUCUCCCCCUUCAGGAACUCAGUGGCGCUGCUCGAGUCGACAAACAACAGAGCGGAGUCGGAGGAAGAGUCUGAGAGCACAGUGCUAUGACGCCACUGAGUUCCCACACAACACUACUGCUGCACCGUCUCGCUCAAAAAGAAAAACCCCGACAUGCUCAGUCAUUGGUCACCUCUCCUGCUGCAUUACUUCGGCCUCUAUUUGGUAGUUCUCAUCACCUAAACACAACUUUAGAAAUACAAAUAAGGCACAACUAAAAGAGAGGACACAACUAAAAGAAAUCAUGGUGUUUGUGACAGUGCUGUCAGGGGACUUUUAAUCAGAUGCACAUUUUGACUUUUGUUGGCUGGAAAACAUGUUUUAAUUUAAUAUUUUAUGUUUCUUUUGCCUUAUUUGAAUCACUUGCAAUAUUGCCUUUAACUUCACACACAAGACUGGAAACAGGCUGCUGGAGGAACGAACGCUCUUAACUGCUGUUGCUUCUCGAGAGAAUUGAAGAAGUACUGUACAUCUGUUCUGCUAACACUAAAGCUUCUCUGUUUUCCUUUCACUCAUUUUCUCAUGGCCCAUCUCAAGUCUGUCCCGCUUUCCCCGGGGUGUCCUCUGAAAUUGUCUGCUAUGGCACACGGAGGCGACUACCCCCUAAUCUCUGUCCCACUUGAGCGUUCACUGUGAGUGUGUCCGUAUGUUGUUUUUAUGGAAAGUGUGUGUAUGUGAGUGUAUUUCUGUGUGUUUGUUGUAUUUUAUGAUGUUGCACUGUUGGUGUCGUGGAGCGUUAACAGGAAUGCAUGUUUUAGACUUUUUGGGAAAUUAACUACCAGGUUUGCAAAGAGGUAAUUAGUCCAAUCACACUUUUCUGUAUUUAAAAGGCAUUCAAUGAGGAUAUAAAUCACUGAAUAUUUAUUGUUUAUACUGUACAUUUUCAGAAUAUAUGAUAAAAAAUAACAUUAUUAAUCAAAUCAGAUCAUAUUUUGUAUUUAGAGGAGAUCUAUAAAGAUAUCAUAUCAUCCAGAGAGGAUAUAAUUUGUGUUGGCAGGGAGCUUUUAAAUAUAUGAGACACAAUAUUUAUGAAAGGUACGAAACAGGAGGGUUCAUGGGUAAUGUAGGAUGUCUAACAAGGUGGAAAAUAGAAAAACUCCAACAGAUUAUUUGUAAUUAUUAGGGCUGUCAAACAAUUACAUUUUUAAAUUGCAACUUAUUGCUAAACUUUGAUUUUUAAUUGGGAUUAAACAUAUUUUAAGUCAUUUAUUUUGCAUUUCAAAACAAAAUUUCAAGUUCAUACUGAAAAUAUUAAUAAUUUCUUCCCAGUUUCUUGAAUUGUGAAUCAAAUAAAGACAAAGAGAUUAAAAUUAAAAUGUUGACUUUUAGAUUAUUGACUAAAAUGAGAACUGUCACAUUUGUGUGGCCUGGAACCAGGACUUAGAGCAGUGGUUCCCAACCUUUUCUCCUAGAGACCUUUCUACUUAUAUCUAAGAAAAGCCAAGCCCCCACAAGACCCACACAACUUAAAAAGUGAUUAAUUACUGUCAAAGAUAAACAUCAAUUUUAAUUGUUUCAUAGACAAAACCCUGAGAAAAUAGGCUUAUAUAUAUUUAUUGUAACACAGUACAUAUGAAUAAACUAUUUAAGUAAAGUUUUGAGCUUAGUUAUUAUAUGCCAACUUAAUCUGGAAAACCUAAGAGCAGACAAAGCCUCACGCUCCCCCUGAAAUCUCUGGCUCCUCCCCUAGGGGGUCCAGGACCCCAGGUUUGGAAGCAAUGACUUAGAGUUAGGAGUCAGCUUCAGAGUGCUUAUUCUGUCAAAUAUGCUGUUUAACACUGAUUCUCAUUAAGAAGCUGCAGCCCAACUACUGUACCAUAACUGCCAAAUGCCUAGAAAGGCAAAUAGCAUAUGAUUGAUGACAUUAAAUUUCCACAAUAAUCUAAUCUCAGUCAACCCCUAACGCUGACAGCCCUAAUAAUUAUUUUUAAAGUAAGCAAAGGUGCACUGGAUUUUCAUUUUCAUGGAGUCAGGUUUAGUUCUAUGAAGAUGAUCUGAAUCAUCAGAGACCUCAAUGAUGUGCAGGUCUGGUGUUAUGGAGCCUGGAGUGUGCCACCAGCUGAAAUUCAUGGUUUGUUUAUUGAUAGAAGUGGUUCAGUCAUGGCUCAUACUGCAGCUCUGGAGGCUGGACUUUAUCUAUUUAUCUGUUUUUGUCCAUGCCAACUCAAAGCUAGGUUUGAUUUUAAUUCAGCAUUAUAUAUCACUCUUAACCCCUUAACGCCUGUUUUCGUAUAUUUGAUACAUACUUUUAUGAUAC